AUGGACGGUGACCAGCCGCCCCAGCCCAGGCCUCGGGGACGUCCAAGAAGGGACGCCUUCGUCGGUCCACAAACUAGGCCUGUAACUUGGGCCGAUCGAAACCUCCCACGUCGUCAGACUCGCGCUCAGCGAGAGCGUCUUCAAGAAUUGGCCAAUGGAAACCUCCCCCAUUACGAGCUUGGACAUGAUGGGCGGCAACGCCUGUUGAAUGGAGACCGGAAUCGCGCUCAGAAUCUUCAACAGCUGGCCAAUGGAAACAUCCCCCUUAUAGAUCUUGAAAACAAUGACCAGGCACCUCUGCUGAAUGGAGGACAGCCCGAGCAACCGGCGCCAGAGCCCCAGCCCGAGCCGGAGCCGGAGCCGGAGGAAGAGAACCAAGAGCUGGAGGGAGGCCGGGAGCCUGAACAAGAGCAGGAGCCAGAACAGGCCGUAGUCCAGGAGGGCGAGGGAUCAGGAUCCGACGAAGACAUAGAGCGAGGCGGAGGUUCGAAUCCAGAUGGAGGUGCUGAUCCCAGUGACAGCUCAGACUCUGAAGAAGGCUCAGACUCCGAAGAAGGCUCAGAGCCAGCCCACCCCCGAACACCAUCCCCCCCUCCUCCUCAGACGCCGCCAGUCCGCCUCACCCCCAACUCUCCCGCUUCUCACCUCGAUCCAUUAGACAUCCAGGACGCGCCUCCCCCAGCACCACCAAUCCUCCCCCCGACUCCCCCACCACCACCCGUGUUUUCUUCCCCACCCCAACCUGCGGUCGUUGUCAAUCUCCCCUCUGGAGCCAUUCCCCCACCUCACGGGGGAAACUGGGCUGGAGACGAUGGAUUUGUAGCAGGGGGGUGGUCUGGCGGCUUCGCCCAGCAGCCGGGGCCUCAAGCAGUCCCGGUUGCUAAUAAUAAUGAGGAUGGGUGGAAUGAGGUAGAGUGGCAACACCCUAAUGAUGUGGAAGAGUGGCAACACCCUGAUGAUGGGGGAGAGGAGGAGCAACACCCCAGUGAAGGGGGAGAGGAGCAACGCUCUGAUGACGAGAGUGAAGGUGCAGCUGCACCUUUUGGAGAAGAACCGUCUGACAGUUCGUCGUCGUCGUCGUCGGAUGAAGAUGCAGCUGCUGCGCAUGACCGAGGAGAAACGUUUGAAAGUUCGUCGUCGUCGUCGUCGUCGUCGUCGUCAGAUGAUAGCGAUGCCGAAGGAGAGGGCCGUGGUAAUGAUGAGGAGCGACGCGACUCCCCGGAGCGGGAUGGCAACGAAUAUCAGCCCAUCGACGGUGAAUGGUACUUCAAUGAUAGUGAAGAGGAUCUGUUCGACGAUGGAGAAAUUAGCGAGGGUAGUCACGGCGAAGCAAACGUCGGUUUGGACCUGCCAGAUGAUGAGGACGAGCAAGAGUUGCCGGAGUUGCCGCCGUUGAAUGAUCAAGCACAGGCACAAGCUCCUGCUCCAGCCGGCCAGGAGCCAAGAUCAUUAAGUUCGCUUCCUGAUUUCGACGACGCUGAGUGGGAAGCAAAUGAACGGGAACUGCAGCGCCGUAACCAAAGGAACAACCCGCUUCCCUGGUACGAGAGGGGCCACGCGGUACAGCGCCAGCCCCUGGGCGACCUCGCGAUACUGCCCGAACGCCUCCAGGGCCACGACUCUGUCGAGAAUAACGCCCUUCGCUGGUCCAGACCUUCAGUCGACUUUGGCCGCCAUAGCCGUGCACCAUCAUUGCCGUCAGACUGGUCUUCCGAGGGAGAGGGUGAGGUAGACUACCCAGAGGAAGAAGAGGAGUCGAACAAGUCUUCUUGCACCGGCUCGUCAUCAACAUCGAAGUCUGGAGGUUCGUCCGAUAGUGACGACGAGCUUCAUCCCAUCGCCAUGCCUGUGAAUGGUACGAACGUUAGCUCCGAAGGUUCUUCCCAAGGUCGAAGCUCGCCCAUUCACCGGCAAGACACUGAAACACCUCCUUCUUCCCCGCCGCCUCGCCAACGACCUGAUACCCCCUGUCCUUCUUCGCCGCCCAAGAGAAACCGCAAGGAAAAGACGAUUCCGUCUCCCUUGGAUCUUGCCCCCAAUUCCAGUGAGACCGGCAUCAACAGCCGCGAUCUUGAACUCGACAUGGCCGCCCGAACAGCGCGCUCCAAUGCGCCUCCUCCGUCGGCUGGCAUCACGACGGCCGCCACAAACACCAACUUAGGUCAACAACAACCCCCUACAACCCCCAGGAAAUCCCCUACCACCCGCAAGCCCUCCCUCCGCCGCAACAGCGCCGCACCCUUCCACCAAAGCGAACACCCCUCCACCACCGUCUUCCGCGAAGACUUCACCUUCGUCCCGCGCGAUGGUCGUCUCUCUGCACCCAGCAGCGUCUCCGGUGAUGACGGUAGUCACAUCAUGCCCGACUACAUCGGGCAAGGUGACCAGGACAUCAGCCCGCAAACCAAGAACCCGCCCAAGGUUCCUCGGACGGGCGUCGCAGUUCCGGGCACCCGCGAGGCGAGGGUGCAAGUUGGUGGUAAGGGAUUCCCGCAGGUCCACAAAGACAAGGGGGUUAAGGUGGUUGAUCCGGGCGAUGCGGAGUCUUCGAGCGAGGAGGAGGAAGAAGAAGAAGAAGAAGAAGAAGAAGAAGAGGAAAGGAGUCCGACUAGGAUGAAGCCGAAUCGUCGUCGUUCAGGAAUCCACUGUCCCGCGUUUUCGACAGAGAGUUACCUGCAGAGGCAGGAGCAGCAGAAGGAGCAGCGAGAGCGACAAGAAGAGGAGAGAGCAGGAACCUAUUACCAGUACAACCCCAGGUACGACGAGGGUUACACUGGGGGCCUCACUGGCAGUGCCGUGCCCGCGUGGAUGAGCGCGGAGCCGGACAUUUUAACUCCCACGUCAUGGGUGAGUGAGGCAUCGACUGAUAGCUCCCUCGCUAAAACCUCCGUUUUUUCUGUAAAGCGAAGCAUAUCUUCGAUUAGCGAUUACGAUGAUGAUUCCGACGAAUCCAGCGGUAGCCCAGAAAAGAGGCUUCGCCCAUCUCCUCCUGCUUCCCCGAAACGGCCACGCCCUUCUGACGAAGACGAGGUGGAGGGUGAUCGUUCCAUCAAGCGACCUCGUACGGAGCCAUCAGUUUCAUAUAAACAACAGGGUUUGGGCGUCAAGUUUGUGGGUAUCGCCAACCAGCAAACAGAUGACGUGGACUUGCAAAGUUCUGAGGUCGGAAACUGGGAGGAGCAGACACAGUACGACCCAGCGAUGAUUGAGAACGAGGAGUACGAUCCCAGAACAGUUGGACUGCCUCGAGUUCCAGGCAGCCAGGGCUCAAGGUCCUCGGCGAGUAGUGUCGCUGGGAUGGCCCAGAGCCGCCGCGGAUCCAUGGAGUAUGAUCCGGCAAAUGAAAGGGAGGAUGAAGGGUAUGAUCCUCAGCAUCCCUGAGGUUGGUCACGGAGACUCUUUUAGAGUGAUUAGGU